AUGCGUGCAACCCUUGUAAACCAGCUUCGUGUGCUUGUCCCGAUCAAGCGUGCGAUUGACUAUGCGGUCAAGAUCCGUGUGGCAUCGGACGGCAAGGGUGUCGACACAAACGUGCAGCACUCAAUGAACCCCUUUGACGAGAUUGCUGUCGAGGAGGCAGUCCGUCUGCGCGAGCGUAACAAGGAUGCUAUCAAAAAGAUUACUGUCGUUUCUGCCGGGCCUGUCAAGUCGCAGGAUGUGCUUCGCACUGCUCUCGCGAUGGGUGCCGAUGAUGCGAUCCAUAUAGAUAUUCCGGAUAAGUCUUUGCCAGGCUCCCUGGAACCUCUGGCCGUGUCCAAGAUCCUCAAGGCUACGAUCGAUAAGGCGAACGAGGAGGAGGAGAUUGGCCUUGUGAUCCUCGGUAAGCAGGCCAUUGACGACGACGCAAGCCAGACGGGCCAGAUGCUUGCUGGUAUUCUUAACUGGCCGCAGGCAACGUUUGCGUCCAAGGUUGAGCUCAGCGGCAAGGGCGACAAGGGCGACAAGGUCACCGUCACUCGCGAGAUUGACGGUGGUCUUGGCGUGGUCGAGAGUCAGAUCCCAAUGGUGAUUACGACUGACUUGCGUCUUAACGAGCCGCGCUACGCGUCGCUGCCGAACAUUAUGAAGGCGAAGAAGAAGCCUAUGAAGAAGUACAAAAUUUCGGACCUCGGUCUCGAGAAGGAGAUCCAGCCUAGGCUGGAGACGCUCAAGGUUUCCGAGCCGCCCAAGAGGCAAGGCGGAACCAAGGUCGAGAACGUCGACGAGCUCAUUGCCAAGCUCAAGGAAGCUGGCCGUAUCUAA